UUGGGGGGGGGGGAAAUUGGGUUCGGCGCUCGGAAGGGGUGUCAAUUGACGUACGUCAAGCCGGCGGCUUUCCACGCAGCAGUCAUUUUGGCGGAUUGGAGAGGUUGCGUUUGGGGUUGAGGAAGGGAGUGGUGGUGUUGCCGAUGGAGCGCUCGCCAGAAUUCAUCGCGGCCAGGACAAGCCGGUGGGGCCUGAGGCAGCAGAUCUGGGCAGCAUAUCUGGGCAGCAUAGCACGUGACUUGUCGACGCGCCCACCAAGCACAUGCAAGGGUGGAGACGUCCACCAUGGACGCCAGCUCUUCUGCAGUCCUGACUCUCGGCCCAGCUGAACCCUGGCGGGCUGUACGAUGGCAGUGCCAAGAUGGGAUUAAGUCGACGCCAUGAUUCGAAGUUCUGGCCAAAGGCCCAAGCGGAGCGGCUUUCAGCUACGGGAGCAAAUGCUUAAAUUCGAUUGAUGGGCAGAGGGAGCGGAAGUGUCUUUUUUUUUUUCAUUAUUUGUCGUGUAUCACACACCCUAUCGUGCGGCUCGGUGCCUUGCACAUUCUUCUGAGAGGGGUUUCCUGGGCCCUGAUUCCUCAUAUUGGCACGGCCGUGAGCGUGCCUCUCCCGCUUGACGUCCCUUUCGAGUUGUAAACUCACUCGCAGCCUGCAAUGUCGACGACACCGACGGGCAGGCGGCGCGGCCGCCCUCAGGAGUUCACCCUCCCAGACGGCAAGAAGGUCAUCGUGUCGCUGCCCGAGGACAUGGACGCCCUGCGGCGCAAGUACGGCAACAGCGAAGAGCUGCAGACCGAGGUGGUGAUCCAGGGGUCCGCCGAGCACGCCAACUACCUCCGCCAGUCGCGAGAGCAUCACGAGCGGCGCAAGGAAGCGUUGCGGAGCCGCCACGGCUCUGCCUUUGACGAGUGGGAGGACGUAAACGGCCAGCUCAACUCGGUGACGGCGGAGUUGGAGCGCCUGUCGAACCAGCAGUCGGGCUUGGGCGGCAACUUUGGCAAAUUUGGCUUCGACGCGGCGCUGCGCACCUACGACAGCGAGCGCGACGACGGGGCGGGCUCCUCGGGCGCCUCCAUCUCGGAGCAGGGCGAGGCGCGUCCCGCCGAGACCAUUAAGCUCUUCAAAAAGCCCGUCGUUAAGCAGUGGUUUCAUCGCGGGCUGCUAUGGCGUGCGUCGGAACAGACCGAGGUCAUGGCCAUUGAGCUCUUUUUCGACCUCCUUUACGUCGGCAUCAUCCACACCAACGGCGAGCACAUGACGGAAGAGCCCAAUGGGUAUGAGCUGCUCCGCUUCUCCGUCACGUUCAUCAUGUCGUGGAAGGUGUGGACAGACAUCACCUUGACGUUGAGCUGGUUCGAGUCAGACGACGUCUUUACCAGGCUAGAAAUCCUCUUCAUGAUUGCUUGUCUGCUGGCUUUCACGACCAACAUGAUCAACAGCUUCAGCGAGGACCCCAGUACGAAUACGUACAUGCAGCUCGUCGCCUACUAUCUCGCGGCGCGCCUCUUCGCGGCCCUUCAUUUCGCGCUCACCGCCUUCACCCUCCCCAUGGUCAAGGGGGUCAUGAUCUGCAACGUCUUCAACAUACUCGUCCCCGCCGCCCUCUGGAUCGGCAGCAUCCACGUGGAGAUGCCCGCGCGCCUGGGCCUCAUCUGGACGGCCAUUGUCCUCGACCUGUUCGGCGCGGGUGUCUCCCACUCGUUGUUCCGAUGGGCGCGCUCCGCCGGAGCGGACUCGAAGCUGGGAGCCCGGCUGAACCGCGUCUUCGAGUUCUACCCGGCCAUGAACAUUGAGCACAGAGUGGAACGCAUGAACGCCUUCGUCUCCCUGGUGCUGGGGUACUCGGUGGUCAGCAUCUUGUUCCAGAGCGGCGGCGGCUACAGUGUCAACGCGUUUUUGGGAAAAGCCGUGAUGGGGCUUGUUCAAGCCUUCAUCUUCAACUGGAUCUACUUUGACGUUGACGGGAAGAACCUCAAUUUGCACGCGAUUCGUCGGUCCGCCAACACCGCGAUUCUGUGGCAGGUCGCCCACCUCCCCUUCAUCAUGGGCUAUAUUGUAGCCACCUCGGCCUUGACGACGCUUGUUCUGGCUUCAGAUGUGGCCAAUGCCAACCCCGCUGAGCUCGCGGAGCCCUACUCGGGGCACUCGGAGGGCCACUUUGGCAACGCCGUUCGCUACUUCUACUGCCAGGGCCUCGCCAUCGCGCUCCUGUCCAUGACGGCCAUCUCCCUGAGCCACGACCACCGCGCCCCGGCGACUCUCCGCUGGGCGAAGAGGUACAGGCUGGCAAACCGCGUCGCCGUCUGCAUCAUCCUGUUCCUGCUGCCGCUGGCGCACUCGCUCGACUCGCUCGAGCUCAUCGCCACCACCCUGGGGCUGUCGGCCUGGGCCCUCGUCGUGGAGCUCUUCGGUGACUCAUGCACGGACGACCCGUUCAUCGGCGAAAAAGGGGGCUGCCACGUACGAUACCUGGCGAGAUGCAGCAAGAAGGACAUGGAAAAGGCGGCGCUGGCAGAGCCCGACGCUGCGGGUCGCCGGAGCGCAGACGUCUUUGCGCUCGACAGGCACGACAAGACGGCGGCCUAAGGGGCACCGGGUUCACGGCUUGCACUUGCAGCUAUCCAUGCGAUGGGUACUGGUGAGCAAUCUGGUAUUGUUCGAAAGAAAAAGAAAAAGAAACAGGUAUCUGCGUCCAUUCAUUCAUAAUCGCUCCACGCCCGCGUCCGUCGCCCGACGCUUGACUAGCCGCCCGGCGCAUCACCCAUGACGACAAUCAUGAGGCAGCACCCAUGAUGACAAUCAUCUGGUGCAUCCUCCGACGGUCGACCUCCUUCUUAAGCAUGGUGAUGCAGCUCGCAAUGACAAAAACCUCCAUCUGGUGGGCGGCGCCCUUGAUGUCGGACCAGCCGCGGAGGUCCAUGAUCAGGCGGCCACCGUUUCCGGCGGUGCUCCCGCGCGAGCCCUCAGUGCGCAGCUCCUCGUUGCGCACCAGCUGCGCGACGCGGCGGCGGCGCUCCUCGAUCUUGUUACCGCCAGCGAGCGCCACGACAGUGACGAGGUCCAAGACGAGCAGGCUGUUGACUCCGCCGGCGGCCUUGCGCUCGGCGCGGCUCGCGUAACGCCACUGGAAGGUGCCGAGGUGGGUGCGGACGUCCUGGGCGCGCGUGCUGCAGCCGCGGUUGCGCACCUCGUAGACCUCGUCGCAGGCCACGUCGCCGAGCAGCUCGAUGCGCGGGGGGCGGUUGGGCCCGAAGCGGUACGUGGUGCUGCACAGGAUGCGCUCGUCGCUGGGCUCGUCGCCCGCGCGCACCAGCACGCAGUUGCCCGACCCGCGCGUCGACCGCAGCGACUCGUACGCCAGCGGGCCGACGGCGCCGCCCGUCCCCGGCAGCACGCUGUACACGGGGAUGGGCACCGGCCUGGUCGGGAAGGGCAGCGCGAUGAGCGGCAGGCCCUGCGUCUCGAUCUGGAAGGCGGCGGUAACGGCGCCGAGGCCCGCGGCGCCGGGGACCGUUGUUGGUGUUGCUGCUGCGGCGGCGGACGACGACGGUGUGUCGUCGCCGGCGAUGGAGUCGUACGCGGGGAGGGAAUCAACCGACGUGGUCGCCGAGGGUGCGUAGCCGCGCAGCUCAACGUACUCGCCGUCGGUGGCGUCCUGAUACUCGGGCGGGAGCGAGGAGCGCCGGCGGCGGAGGAGCGACGCCCCCUUGCUCUGGGAAGGGUGGACCUCUACGCUCGUCAUUGCCGCGGCGGUGACCUUGGGGGGUAUGUAGUAUGUGCUUCGGGAUCCCGUCGUAUCGAGGUUGAGUUGCGGUCGAGGGAUGUCGUGUAAGUCAAGCAAGGAGGCUGGCUCAGUUGCUGUCGAGUACCCCGAGGUGCGGGUAGAUAAUACGAUGAC